CAGACCACUGUAACUCCUUACAGGACAUUCCCAGGAAUGUGAAAAUGCCAAAAUUUCGUUUUUCAAAGAUUCGUUUCCAUGAAAUUAAGGAGCUGAUGCAAAAUGUGAAGCAGCCCAGAAGACCUGAUAUUGUUCUUAAUCGAAGUGGGCGUAAACGACAAAGAAUAAAUGAUGAGACAUAUCCUUCAAAACUCAGAUGGCAGACUGAUCAUAAACUCCAACCGACUAUGGAAAAAAUGCUACAUGAUAAAAAAUAUUUAGCAGCAUUCCGCAGCUUCCUGCAGUCCGAGUUCAGCGACGAAAACAUUGAGUUCUGGCUCGCAUGUGAAGACUUUAAGUCAACUGCUUCACCGGAAGACCUUCACUGGAAGGCAGAGGGGAUCUACCAGGAGUUCAUCCAGCCUUUGGCCUCCAGAGAGAUCAAUGUUGAUCACCACAUUAAAGAGAAGAUCAAGAAGUCUUUGGAGAAGCCGAGCCUCUCCUGCUUCGAUGAGGCCCAGAAACACGUUUACCUGCUGAUGGAAAGAGACUCUUGGCCCAGAUUUCUCAACUCGGAUGCCUACCUGAGUCUAAAGUACAAAUCCAGGACUCGUUGGUACAUUUAGCUCAGAACAAAGUAUCAAAACUGCUUUUCUAAUCGCCACGUUUUGUGUUUUUUUGCCAUUUGGCUGAAUGGAAAAGUUAUUUCACACUGUAUAAGAAGCUUGGAUCAAAACCACUCUUUUAAGGGCAGAAAAUCUCUUUAUAUGAAAUGUUUUCAACCAUGUGCAAUUUCAACUUUUUAUAUGAUGGUAAGAUGAUGUUUUGAUGAAAUGUUGUGGAAAAUGAUAAAGCAG